AUGAAGUUUGUAUUACUGUUGGCGUUGUUUUCUAUAGUGAAAGGAAACCAAAUAUUCAAUAAAUCCAAUGAUUUUGAUAUUCACCACUACAAAGAUGUGAUACAAUCGCGUAAUUUUACCGACAAAGUAGUGUUAAUCACUGGUUCGAGCUCUGGUAUAGGCGAGGGUAUCGCCAAACUGUUUGCCGUAUUGGGGGCUAAAGUAGUGGUCACCGGCAGAAAGGAGGCCGACGUUCAUAAAGUGGCCCUCGAAUUAGAAAAGUUAUCCCCCUAUAAGAUCAAGCCCUUAGAAGUUGCGGCGGAUUUAACUGAAUCUGAAGACAUUAAUAGAUUGGUUGAACAAACCAUAAAGACUUUUGGAAAGUUGGAUGUAUUGGUGAACAACGCCGGCGCCGGAAAAGCCACUCUUAUCGGUGAUCCGGAUUUGUUGAAAUCGUGGGACUUUACGUUUGGGAUUGACUUAAGGGCUGUCGUCGAGCUGACCCACACGGCUGUGCCCUACCUAGAGAAAACAAACGGCACUAUUAUUGAUACUUCUAGUAUUGCAGGAAUACAUCCGAUACCAGGCUCUUUGGCCUACAACUGUGCCAAAGCCGGACUCAAUAUGUUGGCUAAGGUUCUGGCGCUGGAAUUGGGCCCUAGAGAUGUGAUACAAUCGCGUAAUUUUACCGACAAAGUAGUGUUGGUCACCGGUUCGAGCUCUGGUAUAGGCGAGGGUAUCGCCAAACUGUUUGCCGUAUUGGGGGCUAAAGUGGUGGUCACCGCCAGAAAGGAGGCCGACGUUCAUAAAGUGGCCCUCGAGUUGGAAAAGCUAUCCCCCUAUAAGAUCAAGCCCUUAGAAAUUGUGGCGGAUUUGACUAAAUCUGAAGACAUCACAAGAUUAGUGGAUCAAACCAUUAAGACUUUCGGAAAGUUGGAUGUGUUGGUAAACAACGCGGGCGGCGGUGCGUCUACUUAUAUCUGGGACUCAGGACUGUUGGCCGCUUGGGAUCAGAUAUUUAACAUUAAUUUGAGAGGUGUUGUUGAGCUGAUCCACACAGCGGUACCACAUCUGGAGAAGACUAACGGAACUAUUAUCGACACAUCCAGUAUUGCCGGUAUAGCACCGAUGUCAGAUAUGUUGGCUUACAGUAGCGCCAAAGCAGCCCUAACUAUGUUGGCUAAAGUAUUGGCCCUUGAAUUGGGUUCCAAAGGCAUACGUGUGAAUACUCUCAGUCCAGGCUAUACUGAAGUGAACAGCUGGUCAUUUCCACCAGAAUUGAAAAAGUUAGUCAUAAAACAGACACCACUUAAACGUCUUGGAGAGCCCUUAGAUAUGGCUAAAGCGGUGGCAUUUCUGGCCUCAUCUGAUGCUGACUUUAUUACCGGCGCUAAUAUCGUGGUCGACGGCGGCAUUAUCUACAACUUACCAAGCGAAUAA